UCUUUAAUUUCUGCUUAUUUCUUUAGUACAUAUUUAAAAGCUAACAUAUUAAUUCUCUGUUCGUUUCCAGCACUAUGUGGAGGAGAGGAGAGUUUCCUGUGUGCCAGUGGAAUCUGCAUUCCAGGGAAACUGCAGUGUAAUGGCUACAAUGACUGUGAUGACUGGAGUGAUGAGGUCCAUUGCAACUGCAGUGAUGAUUUAUUUCAUUGUAACACAGGAAAAUGCCUCAAUUAUACCUUUGUUUGUGAUGGAUACGAUGACUGUGGAGACCUUAGCGAUGAACAGAACUGUGAUUGUAAUCCAAUGACUGAUCAUCAGUGUGGAGAUGGAAGAUGUAUAACAGCUGACUGGGUAUGUGAUGGUGACCAUGACUGUAUAGACAAAUCAGAUGAAAUCAAUUGCUCAUGUCAUAGUCAGGGUCUGGCAGAGUGCAAAAAUGGACAGUGCAUUCCUAGUGCAUUCAAGUGUGAUGGAGAUAAUGACUGUAAAGAUGGAAGUGAUGAAGAAAACUGCAAUGAAAGUCAAACUCUCUGUCAGGAGGGAGACCAGAGAUGUACUUCCUGUCCUGAUCCAUGUGGAACUUCUAUCUGUGAGAUGAGAAACAGCCAGACAAACUGCAGUCAGUGUGAACCAAUUACUCUGGAACUCUGUAUGAACUUGCCUUACAACUAUACUAGUUACCCAAACUACCUGGGGCACAGGACUCAGAAAGAAGCUUCUGUCAGCUGGGAGUCUUCUCUCUUCCCAGCCUUGGUUCAGACCAACUGCUACAAGUACCUUAUGUUUUUUGCCUGUACAGUCUUAGUACCAAAAUGUGACCCCCAUACAAAUCAACGGAUCCCACCUUGCAGGACAUUGUGUGUACAGUCUAAGGAACGCUGUGAGUCUGUGCUUGGGAUUGUAGGUCUGCAGUGGCCGGAGGACACUGACUGCACUCAGUUUCCAGAUGAGAACUCAGACAACCAAACUUGUCUGACACCAGAUGAAGAUGUUGAAGAGUGCUCACCCAGCCACUUCAAAUGCCGUUCAGGGAGGUGUGUCCUGGCAUCUAGGAGAUGUGAUGGUCAAGCUGACUGUGAGGAUGACAGUGAUGAAGACAGCUGUGGUUGUAGAGACAGGGGUCUUUGGGAGUGUCCUUUGAAGAAGCUCUGUAUCAAGCACACAAUGAUCUGUGAUGGUUUCCCAGAUUGCCCAGACAUGAUGGAUGAAAAAAACUGCUCAUUUUGUGAGAAGGAUGAGCUCGAGUGUGCCAACCAUGAAUGUGUGCCACGUGAGCUUUGGUGUGAUGGACAAGCAGAUUGCAGCGACAGCUCAGAUGAAUGGGACUGUGUUACCCUGUCUAAAAACAUGAAUUCCUUGAUGUUUCUGACCAUUCACAGGUCAGCUGCUGAUAAUCAUGUUUGUGCUGAUGAGUGGCAAGAAAAUUUGAGUCAACUGGCCUGCAACCAAAUGGGUUUAGGGUAAGGUCAGUAGUUUGUAGCAUUGGUGAAUUUCUUAGGACAAUGGAGUGAUGGAUGUUGAUGUGAAUGAUCAUUGAUCACUGUGACCCAUGCAAUAUUAGGCUUAGUAUGGAAAUAACAGAGAGAAAUGAAAUAAAGAAAUUUUGUGAACUAAGAUAGAAACAAAAACACGUAUCUAGGCACUUUCACCAUUUUAUAAGCAUUAUGUGAUUGUUAAGAGUCUUGAAAAGACAGUAAUGUCCUGGCAAACAUCAAUAUUCUUGCAGUUACUCCUGAGGCUCAAAAUUGUUUGGAAAUAUGUUACUCUGUCUUCCUAAAGAAUUAAUGCAGACUUGUCUCUCAGAACACUGCAAAGUAUCACUGGGUUCUACAGUAAAUACAGUAUAACAGGCUAACAGAUAUAUUUAAUUUAGAUAUCUUUAAAAACAGAAUUGGUAAUGGUAGAGCUUUCUGGGUGUAUCUCAGAAAAAAAAGAAUAGCCUCUAUGGAUUUUUCAUAUUUCAUGGACACUGUCAUCUGCUUUGACAUUCAGUGCUGUCUUCUCUUAAGAAAAGACAAGCUUGAUAGUAUAGAAGAAUAUUUUGCCCGUGUCUGAUCCCUAAUUGGGUUAAAACAUCUCUAUCUGCCUUUGACCACCACAUACCUUGACAUACAGUCUUAUUCUUUGUACCUUUCCUUAGUAGACACAGGAGGAUAAAGACCUUGGCUUACGUUGUCUGCACUUAACCUACUCUGUAUUAUCUGCCUU